AUGGCUCCUAAGCCGUCGGAAGAUCUUGAGCUUCAAAAGGCCCCCUCUAAAGACCUAGACAUCGAGGUCGACAACGGGGUGGCCGAGUUCCACCUUGACGAAACUGUCGUCCGGUCUCUGAGGCGAAAGGCCGAUUUCAUCCUCAUUCCUAUCUUGGCUAUCGGAUAUCUGAUGAACUCGCUAGAUCGCAGCAAUCUGGCCAACGCCAACACUGCUGGCCUUGAAGAUGAUCUGAACAUGGUCGGAAGGCAGUACAACAAUGUUCUCACCUUCUACCAGAUCCCAUUCGUCGUAUUCGGGCCUGUCAUUGCCAUGUUGACUCGCAUCAUUGGUGCCAAAUACACCAUCUCGGGAAUGUUGUUUGUCUUUGGUGUGGCCUCCUUAGCUACCGGUUGGGUCAAGGAAUAUCAUCAUCUGAUUGUUUGCCGUGUCUUUGUGGGCACUUUUGAGUCUGGGUUUCUUGGAUCGGUCAUUUACUACCUCUCCAUUUGGUAUACUCGAAAGGAACUGGCCAGUCGAAUCGGCAUCUUCUACGCCGCAUUGACCGCAUCUUCUGCCUUUGGCGGCCUCCUCGCCUACGGCAUGUUCCAAGUCACACCGAGCAGUGGCUACUUUCGCUGGUCCUACUUGUUCUUCCUUGAGGGUGGUAUGACGGUCUUCUGGUCUAUCAUAUCUUUCUUCGUGCUUCCUGUCGACACACAAUCAGCUUGGUUCCUCAACCUAGCCGAAAAAGAAGUAGCCGUUCUGCGAUUGGAGCACGACUCAGUCCAGAGUCUCUCGACAGAGUUCAGUUGGAGAGAGUCACUGUCCGAGUUUACCACACCACAUGGAUACAUCCGUGUCGUGCUUUCUUUCGUCAUGGGAGUUAUUCUGACAUCAAACGCAAACUUCCUGGCCAUGGUUGUGAGGCGUUUGGGCCAUGGCGUGGUGAAGACGCAGCUUUACACAGUUGCGCCAGCUUUGACUGGAGCCGUUUUACUCUUUCUCUGGUGCAAGUCCUCGGAUCACUUCCUUGAGAGGGGACUUCACAGCGCCUUCUCUGACGUCGUCAGUCUUGUUGGAUAUCUUCUACUCUUCACUGUCAGCACUGACAAUUUGGCUGUGCUCUACUUUGCUAUGUUCCUGUGCACCAUCGGUGCAUAUCCUAGCACCCCGAUCAGUGCCACAUGGACGGUAGCCAACAUUCCCAACCUGAACGCCCGAGCCCUAACAAGCGGCAUGUUUGUAGCCUUUGGCAACUGUGGUGGGUUCCUGUCAAGCAACAUCUACCUGAAGUGGGAGGCACCGAGGUACAGCACUGCACUUAAGACAAACAUUGGAAUGUGUGCCAUCUCCAUCUCUGCGACUACUGCCUAUGCCCUGUGGAUGAGAUGGGAGAACCGGCGCCGUGAUAGGCUUUAUGGUAAGCCAGGUGGUUCUACAGAGGGUAUUACUAGCUCUCGGGACCCUCAGUUCCGAUUCCAAGCAUAG